AUGUAUUACAUUCUUGUGUUACUUUACUUCACGUUUUCUCUCAAUUUUGUGAACUUGGAAAAUUCGUCCGGUUUUUCAAAAAUAACGUAUGAAAACUUUUUUAAAGCAGGUGUUGAUGCCUAUUUAGAGAACCGGUGGAAAGAUUGUGUGACAUUGUUUGAAAAAUCAAUUGAAGAUUAUAUUUAUUAUACAACUGUCACAGUUCAGUGCCGUAAGAAGUGCGAAUAUCCCAAUUUAGAUAAUGUGUGGAAGGAAAAUAUAAACAUUUCAGACAUAUGGGAGUUCCAGACGUUUAUAACCGCAAAAGCGUUAUGUCUUAUGAAAUGUCAAAAAUCUUAUUUUUUAAAUCGGCCUAAAAUAUCGAAAGAAGUAGAUGCUGAUUUUGAAAAGAAAGUUCCCUACAAUUAUUUGCAACUUUGUUAUUUUAAGAUGAACGAAGUGGAAAAAGCUGCCUCAUGUGCUUACACUUUUCUUAUCCAUAAUCCAGGGCAUGAAGUAAUGAAGUCAAAUCUUCAGUAUUAUUUAUCCAUGUCAAACAUUGAUGUUGACAAAAUCAAGUAUUUAGAACCAAAGAACUAUCAGGAUCUUUUCUUGAAAGGAGCACUUCUUUAUUCGGAAGGAAAAUUUGCUGACUCCAUAGAAGUAAUAGAAGCUUCUCUGAAAGAAUAUCUGAUUGCUGAAGAAAAUUGUCGUUUCCUGUGUGAAGGAAGCUUGCCAGAAUUAAUGCAAGAAGAAUUAUUUGUAUCAAUAACUAAUCAUUGGACGUAUUCAUUGAGAUGCAAAUUGAAUUGUCCUAAGAAACUAUCUUACAUGUUUGGACAAAAGCAUGAUCAAUUAUUUACAAAUCAUUAUCACUACCUGCAAUUUAAUUAUUAUAAAGUUAAUAAAUUUAAAGAGACAUGUGCAGCUGUACAAUCAUUUUUACUUUUUCAUCCCAAUGAUGAGACAAUGCUAGCUAACAAGCAUUUUUACGCAUCCCAACCAUCCAUUUCUGAAGAUUGGUUCACUCCAAGAAAGGAAGCAGUUGAUUACUAUACCCAAUACAAAAGAGAAUCUAAUUUACUGGAAGCAAUUGAAAAUUUCUUCAAACUUGAAAACACUUCUGAGACAUCAAAGUCUCCAAUGCCUCCACCUGGGUCAUCUGCAAAGGCUGCAACCUUUAGUCAUGAGAAUUUAGGCAAGAAGAAAGACAAGCUUUCUGAAAAAGAGAUAACAGCAUGGUUCAAAUCUUCUGAUAUACUUCCUCUUAUGAAAGAAAGAGAAUUGAAUGGAUCAAACCGAGUCGUUUUCUCCAACGUAGUUUCUGAAAAUGAGUGUCAGCAACUGAUGGAUUUGGCCGAGGGAGGUGGUUUAUAUGGUGAUGGCUACAAUGGAAAAGAAUCUCCGCAUACACAGUUUGAAAUGUUUGAAGGCUUAACUGUUGCUAGAGCUGCUAUGCUAUCUCAAAGGGGAAUUUUGAAUCCUUUGGCUGCUGAAUUGUUUUUAAAUGUCAGUGAAAAAGCUCGGAAAGCUGUUGAGGUAUUCUUUAACCUAGAAACAGAGCUCUUUUUUGCAUACACACAUCUUGUUUGUCGCACUGCUUUACCAGAUUCAACAAGUUCUCGUCAAGAUCUCAGUCACCCGAUUCAUGCAGAUAACUGCAUACUAAAAUCCACUGGAGAGUGCCUUAAAGAAAAGCCUGCUUAUACUUGGAGAGAUUAUAGCUCUAUUGUUUAUUUAAACGAAGAUUUUGAAGGUGGAGAAUUUAUAUUUGCAAAAAAUAAGAACAAGAUACAGGCUAGUAUCAAACCAAAAUGUGGUCAUAUGGUUGCGUUUUCUGCUGGCAAAGAAAAUCUUCAUGGGGUUAAAGCAGUUAAGAAGGGUCGCAGAUGUGCUCUUGCCAUGUGGUAUACCCUGAAUUCCUUCUAUCGGGAGAGAGAAAGAGAUUUUGCUGAAACAGUGCUCCAUGGAUAUGGUCCCUCCAUUUUGGAACGAUAAAAUUUGCGAAUGGAACAAAAAGA